GUUGGCCUGAGAAUUAAGGCACUAAGCCUACUGCUCGGCUUCCGCUCACGGCUCACAGGGACCUCGGCUAGCCUUGAUGUUAGCGAUCCAACCUUUAUGCUCAAACUCAUGCCAGGGCUAAUUAUGCCCUGAAAUUCGCGUCUACAAACGCUGGACACUUAUAUCAUCAUACCGGGACCUCUCAUCCGUUUAAGCCGCGAAAAUGGCAUCCUUUCCUCCAGCUUCCAACCUCAAGAAGCUGCAAUCUCUCAUCCAUGCGCACACUGUAUCCUCCCUCAACACAACCGACACUCUCCUCCUCCGAGCCUCUAAGCUCUUCUCUACCCCGGCCGGCAUUGACAGUGCGCUCCUCACGCUCCAAUACACCCUGAAGUUUGCCUCGAAGCGGCUUCAAGCCCGCCUUGAAUCCCAACUCGCUGCGCUCGCCGAGAGCAUCGCGUCGAAAGCCGAAGGCGCUCUACUGCCAGGCGAGACCAUCGUAGCGGAAGUCCCCAGUCCGCCCGGCGCAAAGCGCAUCGCGAAGCUGAGUGAGGGCGCGGGCAAUCUGAGUGCAAAGAUAAGCGAUGUGCGGAUGUUUAUGAGACUAUGGGGCUUGUUGGGCAUGUACGCAUGGGCUCGAAGCACCUAUGCGGCGCCGCCGAAGGAUACUAUUUUGAAAGCGAUUGCAUGGGGGCAGAUCACCGUGAUGACCGCUUUCCAGUUCCUCGAGAACGCUGUUUAUCUCGCUAGUCAGGGCGUAUUGAAUGGUGAGGGCUGGCUGGGCGAGGCAGGGGCGCGGAGAAAGGGAGACUGGAUGGUCAAGUCGUGUCAGUGCUGGGUUGCGUAUAUCGGUUUAGACUUUGUGAGAUUGGGAUAUGAGUGGUAUAAAGAAAGGAAUGGGUUGAAUGAGGAGGUUGUGAGUGGUAAUGUAGAGAAAGAGAAGGAAUUCAAGAUGGCGGCGCUGCAGCGCACGAAGGAUAGGAAUGCGUUAUGGUGGAGGCAAUUUGUGAAGCAAGCAGCAUACUCGCCGAUGGCGCUGCAUUAUAGUGUUACAACACCGCUGAUAUCGGAUACUACGAUUGGAUGGACUGGUAUGAUUGCGGGAAUCUCAGGGUUGAUGCAUUUGUGGAGGCAGACAGCAUGAAUGGAGGGGCAACAUUAAUCCGCAACAUGAGCAGCCAUCGAAUAGUGUCCUCUCUGUGUUUGUCUUGCUGGCUUACUAGCAAUUCUUGUGGUGAAAUCGCAAUGUAUCUUACUUUCGUAUAUAUUGCCUUCUCUUUGGCGAUGAGACAUUCGAAUCAAGGCACUGCGCCCUUGCUCCAUGACUAU